CCACAACAAGCCUUUGUCGUCAUAGAUCACGGGUAUAAACACAAGCAGCGUCUGCAUGCAGCGAUAUGUUUGUGUCUUUUGAAUUGAAGAGUUCCUUGGCUUGGGUACGCGGAAUGUGAAUUUUCGUAGUCGUAAUUUAGUAAAAAUUGCCUGGAGAUAUAUAUGGCCUUACUUUAGAGUUGCGCUCGUGAAUUGAGAGAAGAUCAAAAUUUUCCGCCUGGAUUAUGGUUCCACGUCAUUGAAGUGUUCGUUCAGAGUUCAAACAAUCAUUAGCCACUGCAUUGGUGUGUUGUGUUGUGUUCGUCCGCUUAAGGAGUGGGAAGGCAGUCGGUACCUUAUUAAAAACUAAGAUCAGCCUUGCCGCACACCAUGACGGGCAACACUACUGAAGAUGAUGCAACUUCGACCGCGACGGAAAACUUCGAAAUCAUAUCAACCCUAGUCCUGUGUGUCGUUGGAGGUAUUGGUAACAUCUUGGUGGUCCUUGUUGUAUGCCGGCAGAGCAAAAUGAGGACUGUCACGAACUUUUUGAUCGUCAACUUAGCUGCAAGCGAUCUGUUUGUAUUGUUUAUUAACAUACCGUUGGACUUAAUCGUCAAGUUUUCGGACGAUAAAUGGUUGUAUGGGGCAAGCAUGUGCAAGCUUAUACCACCCUUACAGACGAUGUCUACAACCGUGUCUGUUUGGUCGCUUGUUGCGAUCAGCAUUGGACGGUACAUUGCAAUCGUAUACCCGCUUCGACCACAGUUACAAACGAGCCAUGCUAAAUGGAUAAUAUUAGUGGUGUGGACAAUAGGUUUGGUGGUUGUGAUACCAUUCAUGUUGGCAUUAGAGUUAAAAGGCGAUAAAUGUGAAGAAGAUUUUCCGGCCGCUGGUAUGGUAACGUGGGCAUACACCAUUGGUGUUUUUGUUGCGCAAUAUGUCGUGCCUUUAGCCAUCAUCAUGGUCUGUUACAUAAAGGUUGGCGCAGAGCUUUCCUGUAACAACAAUGGCCAUGAAAACAGCACUCUUAUCAAAGAACAACAGAAAGAGACGAAGAAAAUCAUCAAGAUUUUGCGGCUUGUAGUCACAGCGUUUGCAGUCCUCGUUCUGCCAAUACACUUGUUGUAUAUUUGGAUCGACUUCUUUGAUGGCGGUCAGUCGCCCAAAUUUCCAAUUCUUCGCGACAUAUCUGUGGUUAUGUUGUACGGCAACAGUGCAAGUAAUCCGAUCUUAUACAACAUUUGCAACGAUCAAUUCCGUGAGGGUUUUAAACAGCACUUUAGGACAGUGUCGAGAACAUUCUGCGCGGGAAAGGACGAAGAAUAUUCAAAUGAGACUAAGGAAUCUGAGUGCAUAUCACUCGUGUACAGUCCUAAGGGAAGACUAUCGACGGCUAGUCAUGUUAGUGUUGGGGGAAGUUCGAUAACACCGGACAGCAAAUGCAUGCCUGACUCGCUUAACAGCGAGGAGAAGAAGAAACAAAAGGACUCAUGCAGUUCAUUCGUGACCCACACUUAUAGAUGCAUAUGCAUCGAGUUCAUUUUGAUGCCAGUCUUUCGAAUGGUCAAGCAAUGGUCGUUCAUUCUGCAUUAUGAUUCAUUUUCGCAGUGAAAAGAACAACAUCAACACCCACGGGCAACGCUUACGUAUUCUGAAUUCUAGAAUAUAACUGGAACGAUAACUUGUGAUGAACAUGUCCAUACUUGCCUGAAGCUUUUUGUGUAAUAGCUCCAGUUUUAUAUACAGCGCACGUUCAGUGUUUAGUGUAUUGCUGCAUGCUUCAAACUCAGAUAACGUAAAAGGCUUCAACCCCGUGAGUUAUCACACCAGUUAUAUUAGAGUCCAGCGCUGAGAAUUUAGUCUCAUACUUCAUAUUGAAAUGAAAAGUAGAAACCUGCUGUUGAUCAUAAUGUGAUCUAAUCUUGGAUACUACAAUGAUUUCAUCUAAGAAUUCUCAACAUAACAAUGAUAACGCCUACUUUUAAAAGCCACUUUCUAAAUACUAAAGACUGUUUUUCCAGUUACAUAAAUAUUUUUUAGAUAAAAAUAACGUUUCCGCAUCCCCCGAUUAUGAAUACGUUGACAUCCGACGAUUGCAUUAAAGGUGGGAGGCGAACAACUCGUUAAAAAUAUCACAUUACAACCCCCUUAAAUCAUCUUUCAUGAUUAGAUUAGCUUCUUAAAAGAUGUUUACUGUUCGUGAAAAUAUGUUUAAAAUGUCGUUAAAACAAAGAACACACAUUGGAGAGAGCUAUUAGGCCAACUGUGACUGUAAAAAGUUCACGUGCUGAACAGGAAAGACAAUCGUGCACUAAGUCAGGUAUAAUAGAGAGGAAAUCUUAUGUAUUUUGUAUUCAAUAGGGGCUAUUGGCGAGGUAACGCUGUAUGAUGCCUUGUUGGCUGGGUCACAAGACCGUGUAUAAUACAGAGGUUCAUUCUCUUAAUUGAGAUCGAAUUCUAAACAACAACUGUUAUUUUUCACCUCAAAUCUAUAGUUGACGUCAUAUAUGAUCUUCAAUAACAUUCGGCAUUUCUUGCGAUCACAAACUAACAAAAACAACGAAGAGGUGUGUGUUAUGUGUGCGAAAGAACGCCCCCUUUGUGUAAAAAUUGAUGAAUGUUGUACGAUUCAUGUAUAUAUAUAGUUUGUACAAGAAUAUUAAUAAUCUCCGAGGAAAUAAUAAAGUCAGAUCGAUGGAGGUUUUGAAAAACAGCUCAUUAGUUGCAAUUAAUCACAAAAUGGAGUAUAUUACCUCGCGACAAUUAUGCUUUCAAGAACUUAAUGCAUGUCACUUCUUCUAAAACAUCUGGGUCACGUUCAAGCUGUCUUGGAAUAUAUUACAGCAACUAAUAUUAUAAUAAAUGAUUGUAAUUACACUU